AUGUCUCCCACUCAACAAGCAAUCGUGGUAACCGGAGCCUCAGGAUAUGUUGGGUCCUACAUCACAUACCAGUUAUUAGAAGACGGGUAUAAGGUCAAAGGCGUCGCACGUGGAGAGAAAGUUUCGUUUUUGCAGAAUGCGUUUGCGCGAUAUCCAGCAUUUGAGGCAGUCGAGAUUACAGAUAUUGCGUCUGGAGAUUUCAGUUUUAUGAAAGGGAUGGACGCAGUCAUACAUUGUGCCGCGCCGAUGAUAUCUGAUAAAGUUGACCAGGAGGCAGCGCUAAAGGGGGCUAUAUGUGGCUCUUUGCACGUUUUGGAGCAAGCAAAAGACGCUGGGAUACAGAAAGUUGUUGUAACUGGUUCCUUGGCUUCAUUCCCAAGGUUCGGUCCUUAUGGGCCAAAUGAUUACUUCGCUGUCACUAUUGAGGAAGCUAAGAGCUCGGGCAAUCCCGGCGUGAUUUACUCUGCAGAAAAAAAGUUUGCGGAAAUCGCGGUUUUGGAAUUCGCUGACAAGCACCCUGAAAUGGACGUUACGAUUAUAUGUCCUACAUUUGUCGUCGGUCCAGUGGCCCCAGGCUUUGAGCAUUUAGUCCCUACGGUCAACUUCCGUGCAUUCAGCUCAACAUUCUACCUUUAUUCUUUGCUCAACGGGCCAAAUCCACGUUUUCCAAUGGCGGAUAGUUUCAUUGACAUUCGAGACGUAGCUCGAGCUCACAUACUUGCAUUGAACAGCCAACCUAGCUCCGUUGUCGGCCGGAAGCGCUUUGCAUUGAAGAAUCCAAAUCAGAGCGAUUUUAGCCAAGCUAUCGAGUUGCUCGCCGCAGAGCGUCCACUCUUGAAGGAUCGUUUGUCCCCACUGCUUUCCGCUCCCAAAUGGCCUGAAAGGAAGGCUGAGCCAAUCGAUUACGCCAGAAUGGAAAGCGACCUAGGGCUCAAGCGGAAAUCUUUGACGUCGUGGAAGGACACCGUACUGGACGGAAUAGACAGCUUUAUGGUAGUCGAGAAUUCCUGGAAGGCGAAGGGCCUGGAGAUAACUGCCCCCGUGGAAAUGGUUUAA